AUGAAUGCGGUCAGUAUAGAUAACACGGCACGUGCAGCGGGCGAUGGCAGCACUGUUGUGCUGACCUGGAUAUUUGGAAACUUGAUAGAGCCUAGUUUAUUUUUUGCGGAAAAGAGGCAAGAGCCCGUUUGCCCCAUUUUCCGGAUGGAAAGAGAGUGCUCAACUGAUGGAAAGGCUCUGACUGACCUGAUCACCACCACUCAUGAACAUCUGCAUAGU